CAUGCCUUUAGCUGCUGAGGGCCCAAGCUCUGGAAUCCCCCCCUAACCCUCUUCUUCUCCCUCUCAUCCUUUGGAGGAGGAGGGUGGGAUUAAUCCCUCUUUAGUCGACCCUUUGAUCACCUGUUCUGUUCUGUCUCUCCUUGGCUCGGUGUCAAAUUUCGUCAAUCUUUUGUUCAUUGCCUCUCCUCGGGAUGUUUCCCGUCGUUAGAAAUGUUGUUUAAAUGCUCGUGUUUGCCCUGCCUGGGUUCGGCGGCCUCGGUCGGUGUCCCGUACUGUUUUUGUUUUGAGUCAGUGCCUAUGUUAUUCAAGAUACACUCAGAAACUGUAGGGAAACAGGUGCUGAAAUAGAGAGCCAGUGCCCAGAAUGCCAGAACAAAAGGUUUGGAAAUCAGACUCUGAUGUUUUGGAUUGGACAGUUGGCAGAUUUCCACCUGAGUGCUCACUCUGACCCAGAUAGGGAAGACUUAACGCCAAAACUCUCACACAGUGUCGGAGGCGGGUUGUUUAAUCUGACGCGUGUUUUCCCUCUUCGCUCCUUCCGUCCAACAGCACCCUAGUUUCCACAUUCGCAGGACGUCAUGAACAUGCCCCACAUCCUCGUGUUUGUCGCUGCCGCUGUCUAUUGGGCCCAAGCCCUUGAGUGUAACCAUUGUGAAUGCCUUGGCAAAGGGAAGCAAUGCACUGAUUCGGUUGUGACCUGCGAUUCCAAUCAUACCCAAUGCAUCGUCGUCUACUACGAACGCCGGCCCUCCAUUCGAUAUGUCCGGAACUGCGCGCGAACUCUGGAGUGCGACAUCAUCGAUAAAACGGAAAACGAGACCCGAUUUCAGCAUGAGUGCUGCGACACGGAUCGGUGCAAUUAACGCCCCCCCCCCCCCCCCCCCGAGUGUGGAUGAUGCCCAGCAAUGGGCUCAUGCACACGCCGCCCUCUUGCACAUGUUCUAUUAGUGCACCUUCUUGCUUCACCGAUGGCUUUGACAUUCAUCAUUGUUGAUCGGGGUGAUGGACUGACAGACACCAGGAAUCGUCUAAAUUCGAAUAUAAUUUAAUACAAGUGAUAUGAAUCUAUUAGAGACACUGGAUAAUUAUAUCAGAGUACUGCUUACACAGUCGGUGAAAUUGGUAAUAAAAUAUA